UCGCUCUCUGUCCCCGGAGAGCGGCGCGUCGGAGAGGAGCGGCUGUAAAAACCAAAGUGGGGCAAUGAGACAAGCUGCGCCACAGCUGGCAAAUCAUCGAUUUGAGCAUCAGAAACGGGGAGGGGCGGUUCAUUUACCUGCCACCCUCUCAAAGCAGCCCUCCUCACAUGCCGCUACUCUACUCUCCUCUUCUUCACCCCCGCUGCCCGCAGCGCACGGUUGCUCGCGUUUCUGCGCUCCAUCAGCCGUGUGCGCUCCCCAACUUCACUCCAACCUCCGCCAGUGCGGUUUCUACUUGACGACCCCCUCCUCCUCCUCCUCAUCCGUAGGACUUUUGACUUUUUUUUCUUUCUUUUUUUUAAAAAAAAAGCAGUUCUUCCUCCCACAGAGCAGUCGCCUAUUUUUGGAUCUCUCGCCGUGGAGCAGUGACAAGAGAUUGUUCAACUUUUGAUGGAAAACAAGAGGUCGGGCGACUGCUGACUUUAAAGGUACGGUCUCUUACUCUAAACUGUUUCUGCUCAAGUGAUCGCUGUUCGCUGUCAUUCUGUCACAUGCCUCUUUAUUAGAGCAUCUGCACGGGUUUGAAAUCACAUUUUUAUUGCGUGUCACAUUAAAAAAGGGGGUCUCCUUGGAAUUAGAAGAGUGAGAUACUCUAAAUGAAUUAAAAGCAAUUUUGCAGACCUUCAUCUUCCAAAUCACUUAAAACCCGCAGACCUAAAGUGGCUGUAAGAAUUUAAUAUUUCAGAGAGAUUUUUAAAAUAAAAUAAAUAAAAUUAAAAUCGAGAUUGUGAGCGGAGACGCCGAACCUAAACGCACGCAUUCAGAACUUUCUAAAUUUAAACGGGCCCGUGUCGUUUCUGCACAAAUAAGCAAAGCACUCGUGAUAUUCGCGGGGUUAAGUGCACCCAUCUCCUCUAAUUCAUUUAACAACUUACUCUGCGUCGCAGCAGAGGAGGAGGAGAAGUGAUGCAGCCAUCGCCACCGCUGCUCCUGGCCUGACCGUGUCACAGAAAGUUGCUUAGUUUUCCGUCGAGUCGUGAAUCUUGUAGAAAAUACUAGACUUCAAAAUCAGGCCUUCCUCUCUUACUUAUAAUGAAGUGCGUGCUAUCAAACAGCUGACACGUCUAUUAGAAAUGAAUCUACUGCAGCCCAACUGCCCAUCUACUUUUACUACUUUUUAUUAGGCCAUUAGAGCCACUUCAUUUAUUUCCUCCACAUACUUACCAUUUAAUUACGUGUCAACUUGCUUCAACAUUUUAACUGCUGUGACAUGAAACAUUUUGUGUAACUCUUAAAAAAAACACUGACUGAGCCCAACAAGGUAUAAAAAAAGGUGUGAGAGACUCAGAAGGAAACAAACAUUAAAUGACUUUAUUGCUUUCUUUCUGCUCGACUUGGCGUGAGGCAGUCAGGAGGAUGUGAUGACAGAGUCAGCGUGGUAAUGCUGUUUUGGUCUGCCUUAUGGCUUUUGUCACAGUGCUGAUAAAGUAAUUUCAGGUACAACCAGACCUGUGUGUGUGUUUAUGUGUGUGUUAGAUAAAGAGAUAGAGAAUAGGGAGCAGUUAUGAGAAGAUGUAUUAGUGUGCUCAAAAUGCGUGGGCACCAAUCUUCUGUGGUUUACAGGUUUUUAAAGGUUUCACUCUCUGUCUGUUCCUUUUGAAAAAUAGCUGACAUUUCACACAGCAGCAAGGCCAGUGGCUUUCACUCAGAUAUUCGAGAUUAUUUAUAUAUAGAUAUCAGCAUAAAUACACACAUGUAAGACAGAGUAGAGUUUGCGUUUAAGGCACAAGCAAGAUGUGGCACAGGGGUGAUCAUUUGUGACAAUUGUGCAGAGAAAUUAAUUUUAUACAAAAUAAUAAUAAUCUAGCGGCGUUUUGCAUUUCAGAGACCUGAUCUGAUAGCUUUCUGAAAAAUAAUAAUUACUUCACGGUGUCACCGGUUGUUUACCAUGUUGCUGCUGUAGUCAGGUCAUGUGCGUUGCUCACGCACGUGCAAAUUACAAGGUCAAGAGUGGCACUACUGCAUGGGAAAAAGCAGGUUAUGGCACAACACCGGUGAUUUUUCUCCCUUUUAUCUUUGCAGAUCUGUGGCAGUUCAAGGUUCUGUGGCUUAUCUGGUCAGUGCCUUAGACAGCAAUGACAAACAGCCUUUUUCCUGUCUCGGGCUGCCAUGUGUCACUUCUUGUAAAAGUCCUCAGACAACCAGAAGAAAGCCUCAACGGCAGUUUGUGAGCGUUGAAGCAAAACUUCUCGGUAUUACUCCUCGCCUUCAUUACAACCACUCCUUAUCAGCUUGCGGUUGUGAAAGUGGCACAAAAAAUGUUUGUGUACAUACGAUACCAAGUCAAUAUGUUUGGCAAAAUUUCUCCACUCGUUCUAGUUUAGCAGGAAUGAUAAGAAUCAGAGUGUGAAGAUGUCAGCGUUGCUUCAUACUGCUGGGUCACACAGAUCCAGCAGUAAAGCUUAAACAUCUGUUACAGCUUAUUAGUGCCUAAUGAAAUCCUCUGAAUGUGUUCCCAGUUCUUACAAUAACCCUACCGUGAUUUACAAUAAACCUACGAUCUGAGAAGACAUUUAAAUAUACUCACCCUUCUUCUUUUAAGUUACAGGUUUAACCUUGUUAUACUCAGAUUUUUCCCCUCAGAGCUUAGUUUUGUUUUCAUUACGACUAAUCGAAACUAGUGCACGCGGCAUUUACUGUACUGUAGUAGUGUUGUAAUAGCAGGAAAUCAGCGUGUAGUGCACAAACACUCAGGGCUUUCUCACCGUCUUUUGCUUUUAAAUCCCAGUGACGCUUCUGCAUCACAUCUCUUUUAAUCAUCACUUUCAGGUCGUCAGGUCAAAGGGUUUCUUAGGACUGGCAGGAUGACAAAUUAAAUCUUAUCUCUCAGGUGGAGGUGGUGUUAGUUAAGUGUAGAUCAGCGUCUGCACGUUGCCGUGCUCUCGCUCAGUGUCAGGUUCACAGACUCUGAAGGGCAGGUUGUCAGGAGUGAGCGGAAGCAGAAAGUUUGUCCGGUGACCCCGAGACACCAAUUAGCGUGGACAUCGGAGAGCACAGGUUGUGAUUUUUGUUGUUGUUUUUCCUGUGCAGUCUGCACUCAAAUUAUAUUAGGAAUGCUUCAUCACUUUGCUUUAAAAUUGAAUUAUGCUCUCAAUCAUCAUUGCUUUCAGUAAAAUUAGAAAAAAAAGUUCAGGGAAAGUAGCUGUCCCUAAACACACAACAGACACUCCUAUACGUCUCCAUAAGCUUUGCUGUGUCGGCUGUGUGUCGUGGUUGUUGUUUGAAUUCCUCCAGCAAAAGAUGCUGUUUAUUAACUCCCCCACCACCACCACCACCACCACCUCACUCGCUGAGUAUUUGCUGGGAGUUUAGAGCUGGGCUGUUCCUCACUUUGCUGAGGCUGAUAUCUCAGGCUAAAACCAUUAAUCGUCUUUCUUUACCACCUCGAUAAUUAUCGCUGUAGCAAAAUAACAGCUCAGCAAACAGUGAAAUUAUACCUGUGGUAGGGAGCAGAGUAAAUACCUGUUUAGCUGCCAGCAAAUGUAUUUAUUAGACUGUCGCCAGUAAAUAAGAGGCCUGUCUCGUUUUUUAAUGUGUGGCUCUUUGGGGAUUCCAUCCCUCCACACUCCCCGCCAUGCCUCCUCUGUAUGAAAUAGCUCUGUUAUGAUUGCUAAUAGAGGAGAAAGAUAACAAUGAUUCCCUCUUUUUUUCCCCGUUUUUUCUUUUUGGUGGCGUGUUACAACUAGUGUGGAAUAAGAAAACGCUGGUGAGUUAAUAAUGACUGCUGCAUUCCAGGGCUCAAAAAUGUAAGAAAGCCCCCCCCUGUCAGUUACAGACAUACCACCCUGGGUGCAUGCUUUUAGUGUGUGUGAUUCAGGAGUUACAGCUCAUUUUGUCAUUAUCUGGAAAGUUCCCUAUAAGAAAGAAACAGGGGUGGGUUAUGUUGUCCCGGCAUGUUCAACUGCAUUUAUUUUGGCAUAUGCUUUGCAUACUGUUGAUCCAGAUUCCUUGGCUUAGUGAUAAAAGCAUCAUAUUGUUUUUGGGUCCCCACAGUCAGCCCCGUUCGCUGAAUGGCUUGGCGUGUCCUCCCUGGGACAUAAAAAAAUAUCCGAAGUCCGUCACAUUGGUUUUGUCACGCUUUUAUGAAAUGACAUCCCUCUUAUGUUAGAUUUUUUUUUGGAGUUUGGAGUUGGGGGGGGGGGGUGUGUUCUUGUUCUUUAUUGUGCUUCAUACUCCUGUAUCAAAUAUAAAUUACAGACGCAAACACAUUCAAGUUUUCAUGAUUCAAAUCAUAUUAUUACCGGUCUAAUCGUAUGUUUUUUUUCUCAAGAGGGAAAAAAACCCUCAUUGUCUUUCAUUCGAUGCUUGUCUUCAUCCGAUCUGUGUAGGUUUUUCUGAAUCCUUUGUUCAGAGGGAGGAAAAAAAACAGCGAUUUAGAGGAAAGCGCAUCCCGCUAAGAUCAGGUUGUUAAUACCCACCCACAUACCCCAAUGAAACAAUUUCAACAGAUACUGUACUCUCUGUCUUACACACACACACACACACACACACACACACACACACACACACACACACACACACGCACACAUUUGCCUUAUCAACUGUUUUGUUCGUCAGUGGAUGGAUGAUGCAUCCUUUGACAAGGGAUUAAAUAUGCAAAGAAAAAUAUGUAGAUAAAGAAACACAUCUUUAAGUCUGUGCUUCUUAUUCAAUACUUCUGCCUAAGCCUGAAUAUUAAGCGCGGUUUCCUUACACGCUUGCGUGCCAUCUUUUUUCCCUUCAACUCACUGCAGCCUCACUUCUUGCACACUGAGGCGAGUAACACCAUCCCGUCACCUGCCCUCAUUUCCUUAACACUCCCCACAAGGCCAGGGGAACUGUGCCCUUCACCGCCUCUCACCCACUUCAGGAAAAACCCAGCGGGCCAUGACAACCUUUCUCGCCCCUUCAGUGUGCCCUCUCUCACAAAGCCGUCUUCAGUAUUUCUUUCUGCCUCUCACACACUAACACCCGUGUCUCUCUAACUCUAUUAAUUGUUUAUUUUUUGCCAUCCACGAGGCAGAAAUUAGAGUUUAAUUAUUUGAUCAUGUGACGACCGGCGUCCAGCACGCAGUGACAGAAAAGUAAUUUCUCCAAACAGGGCCCUGCCUCUGAUGCCUGUUGAUUGUUCUAUGACUAAUUGGUUUUAUAAUUCGAUAAAGGCGCAGAGGCGCAAGAGAGGGAGGGGGGUGAUAAACAAGGCGGUGAAGGGUCCUCUGGGUGCGCCUGGGUGGGGAUGUUGGCUUUGAAUCGUUAGCGCAGAUUCCCGUGAGGAGGCCUGACAUGGGCUUGAACCGACACGGCGCUGCUCGGCGGUCAUUACAGCCAAUAUUAUCCUGAUGGCGGGGGUCACGGGUUCGGGCAAAAGGCACGAACUUCCAGGGCAGAGGGGCCUCGUUACAAACGGCGCGGAAACACGCUCGCCACCGCUGAGCGGAUGUACAUGUGUCUGUCUGUGUGGCGUGCAUCUGUGUGGGAGCUGCACAGUGUACAGUGUACACCACACGCCAUCGGGGUGGCUGCUGGGUGUGGAGAGUUUUAACCUGAAAACAAGAGGUGGGAGUGCAGCGGUCGAUCUGUCUGUGUAUCAGAAAUGGGGAGGGAGGAAAUCCUCGUGGGGUCUGCUGUCUGCAGCGACGCCGAGACCCUCUGAGGGGAACUGGCGUUAGGCCUUCCUGUCAGCAGGCCUGAGGUGGAGACCACUUGCUCUGCUUCUAUUUCUGUCGACUUCAUGUGAUUAUAAAACAAUUAAGUACUUAGGAGCCGACUCUCAGUUCAUUACAUCCCCCUUGUUCUUUCUUUCUCUCUUUUCUGCCUCCUCCCACACCAAAGUGCGGACAUAUGAGAAAUGUAGAAAUCACCUUCUCCUGCCGCUAAUUGAAAGCCACACUCCUUGUAUGAGAAGCUAAUUUAAAACACGGAACUAAUUCGAGCUGAAGGAUAUAUUCACGGCGGAGUAGUUUGUCUUUUUGUGGUCACCUCGCAGCAACUGUGUAAGUAGCUCUUUACGUCUUGCAUGUAAAUAUUAAUAAACCACCUCAAAGCUGAGCUCUGUACAGAGCUGAAUGCGAGCUGUCUGUGCGCAACAGGAAAACGCAAGCAGUACCUGUGACAGCGAACACACACACAGACCAAGGGUGAAACCGGUCACUCUUAAAAAAAACAUUUCUGAGAAAACAAUGAGCACCUCUGAGACAGCAUCGAACCAAAUGAUGACACAUUGCGCUUGUAUUGUUAAGAAAGUGUAAUAUUCUGGGUUGGGUUAGUGGCGUCUGUAGCGCCUUUUGAAACUUAUUUGCCCACACACUGUCAAAGAAAUGUCAGUGGCACUAAACAAGUCAAACGCCUCCCUUUUUCCUGAAUUCAUUCAUGAUAGAAAAAUCAAUUCUGCACCAAGUGCUGUGCUCUUGUUUAGAAAAGAGGUUCGCUUUAUUUUUGUGGCUUUUUUUUUUGCUACUCAUUUAACUGCUUCUUGGUUUUGCACGGCAUCUACUGUACAACACCCUUGUUUUCAUUUUUUCUCUGCACAUGACAUAUUUUUGAGGUUCGUCUGCGCACCCACACUGAUGCAGGCGUGUUUUGACACGUUUCCUCGACAGAUUAUUAAAUCCUCUUCAGCCUCUAAUAAUACUAUUAUGUUUAUGUGUGUGUGUUUUUUUUGUUGCGCGAGACACUUGCAGAAAGAGCUCAAAGUCGAACCAGUGACAGCGCUAACCCCCAUGCUGCGUCUGUGUGUUUGCUCAGACUGGAUCCGCAGACUAAUUUGUAUUAGUAACCAAAUAAUCGCAUUAAUUCCCAUUAGAAGCAUCACAAGUGGUGAGCAUGAAGACAUCACAACACCUACGUAGAGUAAGUGAUGGCGCUGCCGCUUCGCUUGACACACUAAAUAAAGACGCCUCUCGAUGCUGAGCCAACAAUAAUAUAUUUUCUGAUUCAUUUUCAGCCUUUUCUCCCCCUUUUGUGUGCCGAUUAUUAGUGUCCUUUUAAAUGAAAGGCACAUAAUACUUCAUUUCUUCAGGGACGUGUGGUUUAAAAAGCAGCGGGCCAGAUAUGAUACCACUGAUAAGUGUGUUAUGGGAAAAAAACACACGCGGUACCUGUGAUAAUGCACACACUGAGGGUGAAAUAUAUUUUAAUAUUAUUUAAAUAUGAGGUGUCUCUUUAGCAUCCAGUCUGUCAUGUCAUUUUUCAUGAUUUCUUUACAAAUGUAGCCAUCAGGCACAAAAUCCUGCCUGAACAAUUACACUUGUGUACAUGCAUCUCCCCAACACAAAGCCACACAAGGCUUGUAAAAACCCACCUUGAACAGAGCUAAAUCUGCAUUCAGCACAUGAUUAUAACACCGCACAGCUAGUAUUUUUAAAACGGCUUUCUGUGUUUCAAAACCCAUUUUUCCCUCUUUUCUGUGUGAUACAAAACGGUAUAUGUUAAUUGAUAAUCAGCAGUGUUGAUUCAGUGGUGCAUUCAGUGCAAAUCUGUGCCCUUCUGGAUGUCAGAGGGUUUUCACAGCCACGUCGGUGCCAACCUAGCUGGCAGUGCCGGCACCUGUUGGCGGUGCCAAGGCCUGGCAGGGGUUAUCGAUGCUCUCUGAUGGUGCCCGACAAUCACAGUGGAAAUGACUGCGGCUGCUUGCGUCAUGCCAGAUAGAAAAGAGCAUUUGCCGACAAUGGCUCGCUUUCACCAUCGCUCCUGUUUUCCGGAUGCUGCUAACGACGGCCAAGGAAGAAAAAAACUGGUUAAAAAAAAGAAAGAGAGAGGAACGGGAGCCGCUGCCGUGAACAUCAUGUAGAACAUGUCAAACGUGGAAAACAUGUCAACGUGCAGAACGUUGAGUAGCAAUGCUGUGCAAGCCGAGGUGAUGCAAAGCAAUCUGCUGAAGAGAAGGUGUGGGUGUAGGGGGGCUCCAGCCUGUCAGAUUCAUGUUAGUACAAAUCACAGAGAACCUGAAAAGGAGGCACAUGCAUGCACACACACACACACACACACACACACACACACACACACACACACACACACACACACACACACACGAUAUUCAUGAUUAUUAUUUCUAUUCAUGAAAAAUAAAGUCAAAUGUCCUUUACUUUCAUGUAUCUAUGAUGUGGUAAACUUACAAAUAAUCCAUUCGUGACUUUUAUGUCUUAAAGGGCUUGGUGGAAGUCUUGUUGCUGAAUAAUAUGAAUCUCUGAAGAUGUAUAAAUAGUAUUUACUCCACAGUUUGGGUCCUUUAACCACACUGCACACCACAGCUGGGUUUAAUGCAAGUGUUGGCAGCUCACUGAAAACCAGAGACUGGUUGAGAUAAGAAUUGAUUGCUGAAUCUUUGAGUGACAGCCUCUGCACGUGAAUUCAAACAUGCUGGGGUCGCAUAUCAGCAUUUUCAACAACUCUUCUACUUCCUGUUAAAAAAACCACAUACGACGUGGGACCCUUUUAAAAUGCAACCGCCUCCUCAAAACUUACACCUCACACUAACUAGGUGUCAAUAUUGCAAGACGUUCCAUCUCAGGUCCGAAAGGUGAGUUUCACGUUGCAUUUUUUUUUUCCGUUAAAAGCCUCUUUGAUGGCCUCCUGCUAUGAAUUCCUAAUGCAGUGUUUUUGGACACAAAUGUAUUUUAAAAUGAACAAACUUUUGACCCCACAAAGGUGGGUGGAACAAUGAUUUAGUUUCACAACCAGGGGGGUGAAUGAGAGGUGUAACUGUGAUGCAUCACUUCUUCCGUGAUUGUUUUUUUUGAUCGGUUCCAGGUUUGGCUUUAUUUUAAAGACCUCCAGGUCUUUCCCUGCCUAAAAGAAGCACUUUAUGUAAAUUUAGAACCAUUUUCUUUGUCGGGCUUCUCCGACUGCCGUCACUGGCUAAGCUAAGAUGCUUACAACUGCCGGGAUGCAUUGUUUAUGAAACAGCAGCUUUGUGUGAGACGAUUUGCCGUCUUUUUUUUUUUUUUUUUUUUGCGGGGAUGAGCUUUAUCAACCCUGCAAACACAUCGUAAGUCAGCAUGUAGCAUUAUGUAGCACUUCAUGCACACCUGACCUCCACGAUCGACAACAUUCAGGUUCUGUCGAUGUGAUAGGUACACACACUUCCUGUUUUCUGUUGGUUUCCUGUUUUUGUUCUUGCACAGCCUGGACAGACAUGCUUCUUCAUUUCUCUUUGAUGUACACACUGGCCUGAUGACAAAGCCACACCUUAUGUUAAGUGUGAAGAAAAGCACGCUUUUUAUGAAACAAGUGUCCCCAUGCUUUCAUUUAAUGUGCAAAAUCUAUUUCCCCAUGUAUUCUCAACGCUGAACUUUGCCUCACACACUCCCCCAUCUGGCUCUUUCUAGGAUCUAAAGAUGGAGAGUCAGAUAUGCCACCCCUCACACCAUGUGUGGGUGUGUCCAUCAUUAAAAUGACCUUUUUCUCAUGAAGUCAGAGUGAGGAUCUUAUUAUUGGGUCACCUUAAUGGUUCGGUAAAAACACCAGAUCAGGCCUUUAUUGACAAUACCAACAGAUUAACUUGUGUGAUGUUUUGGCAGUUCGGCCAGCAGGGACUGGUUUGAGAAAUAAUUACAAAAUAAUGACAAUAGCUUAACAUCAGCCUGUUCAGGGUUUUUGUUGACAAUAUCAACAGAGAUUAGCUCAUCUAAUAUUUUGGUCUAACUUGCAGUGGAGGUAAAGUUUUAGCACAUAUGGGAAGACUGCUGAAAGCUAAAUGUUGAGAGAGGGAAAUGAGAGAUGUGGCAAUGAAGACUGCUUUUAAAAAAAACUGUAUUACUUGUACUAUUUACAAAGCAAUAAGUCAGUAAUAGCCCUGAGAAAUCACUAAAGCUUAAUAUUCAAGUUGAUAAACAACCAACGUACAUAUUAAUACAAAAAUAUGAGUCUAAAUUGUAUAUUAUUGCUGUAAGGGUGGAAAAUGUAAGUAAAUAUAUUAAUAUGUAGUCACUUUUUAUUUGAAAUAAAGCUAUUAUCUGCUUUUUAGACUUAUAUGUGUAAUUUCUUAUAUUACUUUGUCGCGUAUUUAGUUUUAUAUUUUUAUUUAGUCUUUAUUUAACUAGGAAAAUAUGACUCUUGAGAUUAAAAAUAUCUUUUGGAAAUGUGUGUCUGCCAAGAUAAACAUCAGCACAAUCAACUGUGAUCAGUAACCACACAUGGAAUAGGAAAAUGCACAACAUAGGUACUGAUGUGUAUGAGACAAAGCAAAAUGGUUCAUGUUAAAGCUCAGACCUAAAGCAGGGUCAGUUAUGGUCAGCCAUCAUAUUUGCAUCCUGAGGUCAUUUAAAGUGGCCUUAAAUAUAUUUGGUGUAUGGUUUGGAUCAAACUCCAAACAAUAUUUCUACUCUGCAAAAAAUUAUUUUUAUUCCUAGUUAUGAGAUUAUUUUGGAGUUUUAAAUAAAUGGUUUUUGUUUUUUGCAAACACAGCAUUUGUUAAAUUUUUUCUCACUUUUACGUUUUGCUUUCAGUUUGUCUCAAAGGGCCAGCCACCUUACUUAUUUUGCUAUUCUGACUUCAUCUGGAUGUAGAUUAAUUUGUCAAACAAAAACUAUACAUUUGGCCCAAAGUAAAGUCCUGAAAUAAAUAAAUAAACAAAACACAUCAUAAAUUAAGGUAUCGCGCGCGCGUGUGUGUGUGAGCAUCUGUGUGUUACUCGGUAAUAAAUGCAGGACCGCCUCACUCUAAUCAAGCUGAUUAAAAAUUCCUGCGCGCACAGCCGGAAAUCGCACCACCGUUCCUCCCCGUUGUGUGUGUAUUAGUGAGUGUGUGUGAAUGCAUGUGUGUUUAUGUGUGUGUGGUUUCGCUCCCGGUCCACUUUCUCCACUUUGUCUCCGCCAGGACUUUUCCUGCCUGAGAUGCGGAGGAAUAAUCUGUUUUGAUUUUAAUAGGGAAGGCUGCUGGUGCUGGUGGUGUGUGAGGGGAUUAUUCCUCUUAUUUUCUCUUAUUCUCACACACUUUACACCCCAUCUCCUGCGCUCUCUCUCCCACACACACACAUCCCCAUCCUUUCUUCUAUUUUUUUACCCUAUUUUUUUACCCCCUCUUACCACGCCAUUUGAAAUGAGGAGGAGAGAAGGAAAGCAGAGGCAGCGGCAGCACCAGCAGCGAGGAGAGGAGAGGGGGGAGUGAUGAGUCAAUACAACUAAUAAUUUAAUGGGGACAGAGAGGGAGAGACGGAGUGAGAGGGGGAGAGACAGAGAGGGAGAUAGAGAGAAAGAGGAGCUCCGUCCGGACGCCAAUCCCCAGCCAACAGGACACCUCCUACUAUUACUAUCAAGGCAGCUCUCUUAUGCAUCCACAGCGAGCCUUAUUCAUCCUCGGCAUCGGAAAGUAAACCGCACUUUUUGACCCCCCUCUCCUUGUUUUAUUUUGCGAACCUGUUUCGACUGUCCGCAUAUCGUCUCCACAUCGCCUCCAUGGCAAGCUCACACAGUCGCUUCUUAGUAUUUUUGCUCUCUCUCAGUCUGCCGGCAGUCAAAUCUAGCUAAGCCGACGCUGAGCUAUUUUUUCCCGUAGUCCCUCCGUGAACACACACAGCGAGGGUUUGUUAGGUCUCGGCGGCGGUUGUUGUUGUUACAACUGUGUCCGAGGUGCUUGUGGUUCGUGCUGGCCGUACUGUGCGGCUGCCUGCUCGCCGUUUUGGAUGUUGUGCUGCGAACUAAAGCCGAAGUCGCCUUCACUUGUAAGCGUUGCUAAAUGUCGCCGGUUUUAACGCUUUCCGUUGCCGUCCUUUUUCCUCCACUUGGACGGAAUUGGCUGUAACGUCAGGGCUGCACACUCCUGUCUCUCUCCGCUCCUGCCGCACACGCACAACCGCUUACCAAUGUUCGCCUAUCACGGUCCAUCUCGACCUCGUCCUCCCUUGCACAGACCCGGGUUGUUGUUGUUUUUUCGCACCGCCUGCCAGUCCUCCGCCAAGAAGAGCAGGAGAAAGCAUCUUUUUAAACACUGAUUUUGGGAACCCCUCGCUGUCAUGCACACGUAGAGAGAUAACAAGAGAGGAACCGGGAGUUGUUUUUGGGGAGGGGGGGUUUCUUUCUUUUUUCCCUUUUCUUCUUCUAUCUUUUCUACCCUGGCCAAACUUGAAGAAGAAGCGUUUUCCAGCCGGUGUUAUAUGCUCUCCAGUGCUGAAGUGCUGCGGUUCAGGUGAUAGUGAGCUGAGGUGCUGAGAAUGAUGGAACAUCUCAGCGAGACGUGUUUGGGCAAGGAGAACUCAGAGCUGGUCAACAGCAUGGCAGACGCCAAGGCCCCGCCAGCCAAGCUGCCCCGGCUGGAGCAGAACGGCAGCCCCCUGGGACGGGCCAGGCUGGGAAGCACCGGGACCAAACUCGGAGGGGUCCCGUACAAACCCACCAGCCACCUGCUGAAGACCUGCCAUAAGAAAGGCAACAUGCUGCCUGUGUUCUGUGUGGUCGAGCACUACGAGAAUCCCAUGGAUUUUGACAGCAAGGAGGAGCACGCUGAAUUUGUCCUGGUGCGCAAGGACAUGCUCUUCAACCAGCUCAUCGAGAUGGCCCUGCUGUCACUGGGCUACUCCCACAGCUCAGCAGCCCAGGCCAAAGGUAUGAUUCAGGUGGGGAAGUGGAACCCCGUCCCACUGUCAUAUGUGACAGACGCACCAGACGCCACAGUGGCAGACAUGCUGCAGGACGUCUACCACGUGGUCACACUUAAGAUCCAGCUGCACAGUUGUCCUAAGCUGGAGGACCUGCCGCCCGAGCAAUGGAGCCACUCUACAGUAAGAAACGCCCUCAAGGAGUUACUCAAAGACAUGAAUCAGAGCUCUCUGGCUAAAGAAUGUCCUUUAUCACAGAGUAUGAUUUCCUCCAUUGUGAACAGCACUUACUAUGCAAAUGUGUCGGCGGCGAAGUGUCAGGAAUUUGGGCGCUGGUAUAAACAUUUCAAGAAGACAAAAGAUAUGAUGGGCAUGCGUCAACCCUCCCAGCUGGAGGGGUACCUGGGGACGUGUGUCCUCCGUGAGAGCCCGCGUGCCAAUGCACUAGCGGAAAUGGACGGCCUGUCCGACCUCUCCCCACCUGGCUCUAACCACAACCACAACCACCUGAGUUUUUCCCAGCAGCAGCAGCCGAUCCCCGGCAGCACAGCGGAGCAGACUCCUUCGUCGCCGGUGCCGCCGCUGCCUCAUGCUCCGCCGCCGCACGGUGGUCAAACGGGAGGCCGACAGCCCCAGCUCCCCGGUCUGCAUCACCCGGGCUUGGUGUCCACACCCAUCAGUCCCCAGUUGGUCAACCAGCAGCUUGUGAUGGCACAGAUCCUCAACCAACAGUAUGCAGUGAACCGGCUGCUGGCGCAGCAAUCCCUGUCACAGCAGUACCUCAACCACCCACCUGUCAACCGCAGCUCCCACACCAAGCCUCUGGAGCCACAGGUGGCAUCGAACACAGAGGUUUCCUCUGAGAUUUACCAGUGGGUGAGGGACGAGCUAAAACGGGCCGGCAUCUCACAGGCUGUCUUUGCCCGUGUGGCCUUCAACAGAACACAGGGCUUACUGUCUGAGAUCCUGCGUAAGGAGGAAGAUCCCAAGACGGCGUCCCAGUCGUUACUGGUCAACCUGCGCGCCAUGCAGAACUUCCUGCAGCUGCCGGAGGCCGAACGUGACCGCAUCUAUCAGGAGGAGCGGGAGCGCAGCCUCACGGCCGCCUCUGCAAUGGGCUCCGCUCCGCUCAUCAGCACCCCAUCCAGCCGACCUGUACAGCCCCGAAGGGAAGACUGUAACAGCGUAAGGCCGGAGGAUUGGAAUCCCCGAAUCCCAGUGGGCAUUUCACCUGUUAAACCGUCACCGCUGCCCAGCGAGUGGAACGGCAAGGCAGACAGCUGCAUCCUCAACAUCAACUCCACCAUCUACGAUGAGAUCCAGCAGGAGAUGAAGAGGGCCAAAGUGUCCCAGGCCUUGUUCGCAAAGGUGGCGGCCUCCAAGAGCCAGGGCUGGCUCUGUGAGCUGCUGCGCUGGAAAGAGGAUCCGUCUCCAGAGAACCGAACACUCUGGGAGAACCUCUCCAUGAUCCGACGCUUCCUGAGCCUCUCUCAGGCCGAACGUGAUGCCAUCUACGAGCAGGAGAGCAGCGCCGGCCAGCAGCACCACAACGAGCGGCCGUCGCACUUGAUGCACAUUUCCAGUGACCAGCUACAGGCUCAGCCGCCUCAGACACAGCAGCAGCACCAGCCCUCCUUGUCCCUCCACCCCUCCCAACAGCCCUUGCAGCAACAGCAGCCCACCACCGGUCCCCGGUUGCCACCUCGCCAACCCUCCACCGCCUCUCCGGCCGAAACGGAGGACGAAGGCAGCCGCGGAGGGAGCAUCAAAUCCCGCACGGGUGGAGGCAAGAUCUCCCUGGAAGCUCUAGGUAUCCUGCAGAGCUUCAUCCAGGACGUGGGCCUAUACCCCGACGAGGAGGCCAUCCACACCCUUUCAGCCCAGCUGGACCUGCCCAAGCUCACCAUCAUCAAGUUCUUCCAGAACCAGCGCUUUUAUGUCAGUCACCCAGCAAAGGCACCCAAGGAGCCCAUUAACAACAACAACAACAACACCACCAUUGCAGCCAUCGUCAACAACACCACCAGCAGCAGUAGCAGCAGCAGCAGCCCGGCCUUUGAGGAAGAGCUGACGGACUUCAGGGAGAGCGGAGAGCUGUUGAAGGAGCUGGACGAGAGCACGCAGACCAACAGCACCAUCUUCUCCAUCAAGAUCGAAGAGCAGCUGGGCCGAGGUGCCGAAGCCCAGUCCGAGUCGGAGCACGAGGCCAAGGAGUAGGACUCUCCCUCUGAAACAUGUACUGAGAGUUUUCCUGUGCACACAGACUGGUGACUGUGCUAAAUGUAACGCUCUGGCCGCCACAGAAACACCACACUGCAAACAAAGAAAAGUAGUGUUUUCAAUCAGUACAGCAUCUGGACUGUAUGAGGAGUGUUCAUAUAUAUAUAUAUAUAUAUAUAUACACACACACACACACACACACACACACACACACACACAUAUGAACUCACAGUGCGAAAUGAGUGUUCACACACUGGAAAGCCCAUUUCAGACUCAGUAAUACAAAAAGUACUACUUUUUCGAUUUUGUAAAACUUGUAUUAUUCACUGUAAAGACUGAUGCAUCGUUUAAAUAAUCUGCACAAAAAAAUUAUUAAGUAUGUUGCCGUGGAUAUUUGCUGACUGCACUCUAUGUCUGUUGUUUUACACUGACUUACUUUAUCUUUUUGAGCUACUGAUUAUAUUGAAAAAGGAAAAAAAAGUUCCCCUGGAGUUUGCUAGGACUUCGAUAGGUGUUUACGUAUGUGAUGUUUAACUGGAUUUUUUUUUUUUUUUUAAGAAAAUAGCAAAUGAAAUCAAGGACCAUGUGGAUGACAAGGCCUUAAUUAUGAGGUAUCAAGUCUGGAGCCUGCUGGCAGAUUAGUUAUUCUUUUUAAAAAGCGCAUAAUGUGAUUAUGGAUCACUCCAAACUCUGGAACGCGAUCACCCAGCCCAGGUGCAUCUACGAGAAUAGCUCAGUCUCUUUACAUAUUAUUUGUUAGGGAAGAAAUAUAAAUAUAUAUAUAUAUAGACAUUAUAUUGUAACUGUAAAAAAAAUACAGUCUUAAAAAACUAUGCCAACAAAUGCCUUGUACUAUACGGCACUGCCGAUGUUAGAUUAUUUUGCAAAACCUUUGUCACUGUAACUUUCUGAAUUGCCACACAGUUGGAAAUGUGAAUUUCACAAUGUUUAUGUUGUCUGACAUUAUUUAUUUGCAGUUCAUGCAGUGUUUCUGAUGUAAUUACUUUUUCUAAAAAAAAACCUAAAAAAACAGUUUAUGUUUCCUUGUGCGCGCUCUCUCUCUUUUUUUUAUUCCACCGAUCUUGUUUCUAUUUAUAAAUGUAAUUUCAGUGGGCAGUAAAAACAAGAAGUGUCUUAAACGUUUUAAAUGGAGAAAUGUGCUUUAAAGGUUGCCUAUAAAAAGUGCUGUAUGUCAAGCAACUCAUGCUACAAGCUUCACAAUUAAUGUUGUAUGCAAUUUUUACUAUCAUGCAAAUAAGCUUAGGUAAAAUGACUAACC